CAAAGACACAAGAUCUCCACACAGUUUCCCUGUAUUUUUAUUAAUAUGUUCAGUUUUCUGCUGAUAUCAUUAUGUGGUGAAUAUCUGAUCAGCUACAUUGUCAAGGCACAUUCAACUUUCAUUAUUAUUAUUAACCAAGAAAAUAAAAAAAUUUAAAAAAUGGAAUAAGCAUGUAAUUAUUGUUCAUCAUGUGUCAUUUUGUCCUGGAUACAGGCAGGUCUCCAACCCUUGGUCAGUCAACAUGACCUCAAUAUCUGUCAUUUGUACCAAGCUUGGAACUUGAACUGACUAAUGACUACUACAAAUGGCUGUGCACAAUAAAAGGAUAGUUCAGUUUUGAACAUUUUGUAAGUUAUGAUGAAAUAUAGACUUUAAUUGAGCAAAAUUUUCACCACUUUUCGGUUGCGUUAGUUUGCAGAAAUCUAUAUUAUAUUAUAUUAUUUCAUAUCAUAUCAUAUUCCAGCAGGGUUCAACCCCAGCAAACUAAUCUAUUGUGCUUACCAAGAGCACAUUAAAGGUCAAGGACAAACAACCAGAGUUUGACACAGGCAGAGGUUUAAAUAAGAGAAACAAACAAGGGGCAGGUGUGGCUGGCAGCUCAAGAUUGUAAUGAUCAGCGUUCCCCUCCCUGGAAAUGCUGAUCAUUACAACCUUCCUGCCCCAGCAGCUUCCUUACUGAGCUUGGACGAGCUGGCUCUGUAGAGCCUUUUGCGUUUUUUUUUUUGUUUUGUUUUUUGACUCAUUGACUGUUUUCCCUCUGCUUUUGGGUCCUGUUUCCCCAGCACCCUGACAGAAACAAAUCAAAAUAAUAUAUCAAAACAUGAGGGACAGCAAUAUAUACUGCAGCAGAGACAUUGAGGACUCAGUUUUAGUGAAAGAUGUAAAGUAACAUGAUUGCUGAUAUCCUACUCUUCUGACAUUUCAAAUGUAACUAGUUGUCUUGCCUCUGUAUAGUCACCAUGUCCUAUUCCAGUUGUGUUGUCUACACUGGACCAAGACAGUGUCAAUAUCUGUAACAUGGUUUCUAUGCAGCAAGAAAGAUAUACUUACACAUUUUUUUAGAGACAUCAGGACUACAAAUUGUUGGUCCAUUUUCUGUUAAAAAAUGUCAAGCCAAUUUAAAGGACCAAAUCCCCACAAACUGCAUCCGUGAUGGUUGAGUCACUGUUUUUGUUUUACAGUAUAUCAGUUCUUUAGUCUCAUUUAGUGCUGGUGUCAUAAAAAGAAAAACCACCCGCUGUCAUGUUUUUCAUGUUAUGUGUUUGACAAGACUGUCAUAGCCACACCCUUGCUAGUUGAACAACGUUCCUGCACCUUUUGUGUUAGAGAGUUUAUGGGAGUUUUAAAUCACAGUAAUAUUAUUUUGUCAACAUCCAAACUGAGAAGUGUUUUUUUUUUUUUUUUUUUUUUUUUUUAUUAUUAAAAUGAAACUAAAAUACCCAGUAUAUAAAAAAAUACAUAUACUUUAUUAAAAUAAUUGAAGACUUUUGACAGACCUGUUCUCGAAACUCCAGCAUGCAGUGUUAGAAAAUCACAAAACAGUGGAAUUAACAAAUAAAAGAUGAACAUAGUUCAUAAUAUUGGAAUAGUUCAGCAAGAGGACAAUAAAAACAGGGGAUGCAACACAAUGUGCUGAGGGUUCCUCGUUGAUGGUUUUGAAGAUCCAGAGGCACUGACCCAGACUACAACAGCUCAGAGUAGCCCAGCAAUGUCACAUUGUUCCUGGACCUCAAAGAAACUGUUCAUAUCCCGUGCAAGUCAGUUCAAUAAAGGAAAGACACAAUCUGCUUUAAUGCUCCUCCUCUCAGUGAUGGCCGGUGAUGGAAGGCUCAGGAUGAUGAUAGUUUGAAGGUUCCACUCAAGUGCUGUUUUGAGGUCUCAAGCUCUUCAGUCAGAAGUCUGUUUGAAGCCAUUAUUAGAAGAGUUUUUGUAUGAUGCGACACAGCAGUGAUUGGAAAACACGCAGAAGCAUUUCUUCAGAGAUCUUCCUGAAGUUCCAGUCAGUUGUGGGACGGCCAGGUUCCCGGCGAGGAUUAUGCGUCAUAUUUAUAACGAAGUUUUGCGCAGUAACAGGUCCAUUCAUGGUAGUGGAGCCCAUCAUGUUUGCGGAGGUUUCUUCAGGCAUUGGAGAAAAGCUUUCCAUUCGAUUAUCCUUUCAAUGAACAGAGCCAGCAGAUCUGGAUGUUGCACUGAGAAGUUGUCCAUUUUAUAAGGAAAUGUAGGGCCGCAGCGGGGUUUCGCUCUCACCGAGGCCGCUGCGCUUCUUCGGCGAGUUCUGGCUCCGACAAUGUUUUAUUCCGUCCUCCUCGCGGCGUCAAACCCCACCGGUAACAUUUCAGAAGCGGAGCGCUGCGAGGCAACUGUAUCUGCGAGAAGCUGGCCAUGGUUAUUUUUUUGUCCGGUUUAAUUGUGUUUAUUGUUGUUGUUGGCGGAAUACGAUGAGAGCGGGCCGCGGUGAGAGCUAUACACCGGGCGCUUCUGCGGCGCGUUCCGGCUCCGACGCGGCCGCCGGAGCUGAUCGCGGCCACUCUAGUCAAUGCUUCCGUGCUUCAAUGUCUCCCAGAUGCGGCUCUCUGCUGUUUCGCUAAUGGUGCGUUCAGACCAGAGGCGUCGAGAGCGUCAAACAGACCGGAAGUCAUUCAUUUUCUAUGGCAGCCAGAGUCUCUCGGCGGCGAGAAGCGCCGCGUCCGUGCCCGGCGCGUCUUGAGCGUUGUGGAUAUACGCUACUUGUGAUAGGUCGGCAAAAAGAUUCCGGUCGGAUUCCGGUCGACAUGUCUGGAUGUUUUGCGGCCCCUUUAAAUAUAGUUCACAAAACCAAGCAUUCCGAACGAACGUUGCCGCCUAUUUCAACUACGUCAGAGCGUACACGAAUCUUCUAUAGGGUUGUUGGUAGGGCAGCCAGAGCGAAUUUUGACGCUCUAGCCUCCUCUGGUCUGAAUCCACGGUAAAGAUAGAAGUCUUGUCUAUUUUUGACGGACGCGGAGUCCAAGUCGCACAGUUCAAAUACAAAAUGAAUGACAGAACAUUCGGUCAAUUUAUCCAUGUCGUUCAUAACUGGACUUUUAAGUGUAUUAACUUUGUCUGAAGGCUACAGCACAACAAAGUAGGACAUAACAACAAUAAACACAAUUAAACCGGACAAAAUAAAUAAAUAAAUAAAAUAACCAUGGCCGACUCACCCAUGGUAGAACCCCAAAAAUCAAGGAAAUAAUACAAAAUCAAAAGGAAGUCAACGUCCGACAGGCAAAGUAGUUUAUUGUUGUUUGUUGAUGAUCUCGCAAAUACAGCUGCCUCGCAGCGCUCCGCUUCUGAAAUGUUCCCGGUGGGGUUUGACGCCGCGAGGAGGACGGAAUAAAACAUUGUCGGAGCCAGAACUCGCCGAAGAAGCGCAGCGGCCUCGGUGAGAGCGAAACCCCGCUGCGGCCCUACAUUUCCUUAUAAAAUGGACAACUUCUCAGUGCAACAUCCAGAUCUGCUGGCUCUGUUCAUUGAAAGGAUAAUCGAAUGGAAAGCUUUUCUCCAAUGCCUGAAGAAACCUCCGCAAACAUGAUGGGCUCCACUACCAUGAAUGGACCUGUUACUGCGCAAAACUUCGUUAUAAAUAUGACGCAUAAUCCUCGCCGGGAACCUGGCCGUCCCACAACUGACUGGAACUUCAGGAAGAUCUCUGAAGAAAUGCUUCUGCGUGUUUUCCAAUCACUGCUGUAUCGCAUCAUACAAAAACUCUUCUAAUAAAGGCUUCAAACAGACUUCUGACUGAAGAGCUUGAGACUUCAAAACAGCACUUGAGUGGAGCCUUCAAACUAUCAUCAUCCUGAGCCUUCCAUCACCGGCCAUCACUGAGAGGAGGAGCAUUAAAGCAGAUUGUGUCUUUCCUUUAUUGAACUGACUUGCACGGGAUAUGAACAGUUUCUUUGAGGUCCAGGAACAAUGUGACAUUGCUGGGCUACUCUGAGCUGUUGUAGUCUGGGUCAGUGCCUCUGGAUCUUCAAAACCAUCAACGAGGAACCCUCAGCACAUUGUGUUGCAUCCCCUGUUUUUAUUGUCCUCUUGCUGAACUAUUCCAAUAUUAUGAACUAUGUUCAUCUUUUAUUUGUUAAUUCGAUGAUGCAUGAUGAAGUUUCGAGAACAGGACUGUCAAAAGUCUUCAAUUAUUUUAAUACAAUAUAUUUAUUUUUAAUAUAGACAUUAUAGAUACAACAGCCUCAUUUUCUGUUAAUGUAUGAUCUGCUGUAAAGCUGCUUUGAAACGAUGUGUGUUGUGAAAGGCGCUAUAAAAAUAAAAAUGACUUGAUUUAAUAUACUGAGUAUUUUCGAGUUUCAUUUUAAUAAUAAAAAAAUACUUUUCAUUUUGGAUGUUGACAAAAUAAUAACAUUAAUAAUUUUAUUCAAAAAGUGGAACUUUCACAUAGGCCUAUUCUAGAUUCAUUACACACAAAGUGAAAUAUUUCAAGCCUUUUUUUGUUUUAAUCUUGAUGAUUACGGUUUACAGCUCAUGGAAAUAAAAAAUCCAGUAUCUCAAAAUAUUCGAAUAAAGAAUUUAUAACACAGAAAUGUCGACUUUCUGAAAAGUAUGUUAAUUUAUGCACUCAAUACUUGGUCGGGGCUCCUUUUCCACGAAUUACUGCAAAUAAUUAUUGCUCAGUGGUCCAAAGUCCUCUUUUCAGAUGAAAGUACAUUUUGCAUUUCAUUUGGAAAUCAAGGUCCCAGAAUCUGGAGGAAGAAUGGAGAGGCGCAGAAUCCAAGUUGCUUGAAGUCCAGUGUGAAGUUUCCACAGUCAGUGAUGAUUUGGGGUGCCAUGUCAUCUGCUGGUGUUGGUCCACUGUGUUUUCUCAAGUCGAGAGUCAAUGCAGCCGUCUACCAGGAGAUUUUAGAGCACUUCAUGCUUCCGUCUGCUGACAAGCUUUAUGGAGAUGCUGAUUUCCUUUUACAGCAGGACUUGGCACCUGCCCACAGGCAUUGGAGAAAAGCUUUCCAUUCGAUUAUCCUUUCAAUGAACAGAGCCAGCAAAUCUGGAUGUUGCACUGAGAAGUUGUCCAUUUUAUAAGGAAAUGUAGGGCCUCUCAGUGGGGGUGUUCGCUCUCACCGCGGCCGCCGCCUAGAUUACACUUCUGCGGCGAGUUCCGGCUCCGACGAGGUUUUGUUCCGUCCUCCUCGCAGCGUCAAACCCCACCGGGAACAUUUCAGAAGCGGAGCGCUGCGAGGCAGCUGUAUUUGCGAGAUCAUCAACAAACAACAAUAAACUACUUUGCCUGUCGGACGUUGACUUCCUUUUGAUUUUGUAUUAUUUCCUUGAUUUUUGGGGUUCUACCAUGGUUCUGACUGCUCAUCUCUGGGUCCUAUGACAGACCCUUUGGAGCAGGCUGUGGAAGAUGGACCAUCAGAGAAAAAGAGGGUUGACGAGCUUCUGGUAGGUGCAGAGUUGGCUCCAGCCCAAUCCCUAUGGACUACAGAGGCCAGCGGAUCCGUUCAGCUGAGAAUGGAUGAACUCUGUCCAGAACAGCCUAUUACAGUGCAUCAGAUGUUUAUCGCCUCCAUUCAGAAGUAUGGGAGUCUGCCUGCUCUGGCAACCAAAAGAGGAAACAAAUGGGAAAAAGUUUCAUUUUCUGAAUAUUAUCAGCACUGUCGAAUGGCUGCCAAAGGCUUUUUGAAGCUUGGUUUGGAGCGGUUCCACAGUGUAGCCAUCCUGGGAUUCAAUUCAGCAGAGUGGUUUAUCUCGGCAGUUGGAGCCAUCUUUGCAGGGGGUAUAAUGACAGGUAUCUAUUCCACAAACUCACCGGAUGCCUGCUGCUACGUUGCAAGUGACUCAAGAGCCAAUAUCAUUGUUGUGGAAAAUCAAAAGCAGCUGGAUAAGAUUUUGCAGGUACAGGAUAAACUGCCCCAUUUUAAAGCCAUAGUACAGUAUUCUGGAUCUUUACAGGACAAGUUGCCCAAUCUCUAUUCAUGGGAGGAGUUCAUGGGACUAGGGCUGGAAGUUUCUGACCAAGAACUAGAUGACAUCAUCAAUAGCCAGAGAGCCAAUCAGUGCUGCAUACUUAUUUACACCUCGGGGACUACUGGCACCCCGAAAGGAGUGAUGCUCAGCCAUGAUAACAUUACAUGGACAGCCCACCAUGCAAGUAUGGCUGGAGACAUGCAGCCAGCUGAGACUAGGCAAGAGUCUCUGGUCAGUUACCUUCCGCUCAGCCAUAUUGCUGCCCAGAUUUACGAUCUAUGGACAGGGAUCCAGUGGGGGGAGCUAGUUCACUUUGCUCAGCCAGAUGCUCUUAAGGGGACAUUGAUAGACACCCUAAGAGAGGUAACCCCCUCGGCCCACAUGGGCGUUCCACGUGUUUGGGAGAAAAUUAUGGAAAAGAUCAAGGAAGAAAUUUCACGGUGUGGAUACAUGAAGAGGAAACUGGUGACAUGGGCCAUGUCUGUUAGCCUGGAGGCUAAUCAAAGGCUUACAAAGGAUGAGGAGAAGUCAUUCCUCUUUACUCUUGCGGACAGUUUGGUCCUGCAGAAGCUUCGUGCAGAACUGGGCUUCUCCUGCUGUGAGAAGUUCUUCUCAGGAGCAGCACCUAUUGGGAGCGAAACACUUCAGUUCUUCCUCAGUCUUAAUAUACGGCUGUAUGAGGCCUAUGGGAUGAGUGAAAGCACAGGACCACACUUUAUGUCUUGUUCAAAAGCAUAUCGAUUUCUUAGUUGUGGUAAAGUGGUUCCAGGCUGCAGAUAUAAACUAGCAAACAUAGGUGCUGACGGCAUUGGAGAGGUGUGCUUCUGGGGCCGUAAUGUCUUUAUGGGCUUCCUAAACCUGGAGAAUAAAACAAAAGAGGCUUUGGAUGAAGAUGGGUGGCUUCACUCUGGAGACUUGGGAAAGGUAGAUGAAGAUGGAUUUCUUUAUAUCACAGGAAGGAUAAAAGAACUCAUUAUCACUGCUGGAGGAGAGAAUAUCCCCCCUCUUCCCAUUGAAGAUGCUGUGAAACAAGAACUGCCGAUCAUCAGCAAUGCCAUGCUCAUAGGAGACAAGAGGAAAUUUCUUUCCUUGCUGUUAACAAUAAAGUGUACAACUAAUCAAGAGACAAUGGAGCCCACUGAUGUUCUUAGCUUAGAGGCUUUGGAAUACUGUCAGCGGCUCGGUAGCCAGGCGACGAAAGUUUCAGACAUCAUAGGAGGAAAAGACAAGCUGGUGUACCAGUCUAUUGAUGAGGGAAUUGCACGGGUCAACUCAAGAGCAACGUCAAACGCCCAGCGCAUUCAAAAAUGGAUUAUAUUAGGGAAGGAUUUCUCAAUUGUUGGAGGAGAACUAGGACCUACACUGAAGUUACGCCGCUCAGUGGUGCUGCAGAUGUAUAACAGUGAAAUAGAGAGUUUUUACAGAGAAUAGAAGGUAUCCAAACCUAUUACAUCUCUAUUAUAUAAAAGAUACUGCUGAUUUUUACCUUUUUAACAAGAGUGAUAUUAUAGAAAGCUUUUCCAUCUAAUACUACUAAGUGCCUUACAUUUUUGAACUGCUAUCACAAAACAUAAAUUCAGACAGUUUUUGUGUUUUAAAAUGUUAGUUGGAUGUUAUAUGAUGUGUAAUAUUUCUGUGUGUUUUGUCAGGAUGCUCCAAUCUAAUUGGUGCUCAACUAUGACAAUAUUACCAGUGCUGUGUAAAAAUAAAGACAGGUUUUUUUCCCCAUGAAAAUAAAUGUAUAUAUUCAAACCAGA